AGCGUGGAGCCAAGAUUCCUGUAACCAAGCUUAUAGAGCAGGCACCAAGGCAAAACUGUACAAGCAAGUUUACUUGGAACCAUAAAGCCAUUGAAACCUGUAAAUAAGCUCAGCAGCAGUCGAAAACGCAUCCGGAUUAGCAUGAGAGAAGUGGAGUGCCUUCUUAGCAAUAAAGGAGGCCUUGUUAACCCCUUCGGGCCUGGGUUCCAGUUUAGUACCAGACCAAGCAUCACCAAGCAAAAGUUUGACUAUAAGCAAGUCUGGAAAGAAGUGUAUAAGUAUACCCAGGGAGAAUCCCUUGCGAAGGGACUUCCAAUCACAGAUUAUAUUAUUCAGGAGAACCUGAAGAAAGACAUAAUUUGCCACAUCAAACUUCUGAGUAACGCGAAACAUCUGUUGUUCCAGGACAAAGAAAUGUUCAGAGAUUACCUGGCUGAGGUAUUCAUUGAUCCUCUGCUUCCGAAAGCAGAGUGGAACAAUAAAGUAAAAUAACCUCGUUAUGGAAUUACAGUAACAGUCUUAGUAAUAAUAUAACUAGACAUCUUAUUAAGGAUGAAGAGUUCUUUCAGGAACUCAAAUAAUGUAAGCUAUGAGGCUGUGCUAGAUUCAAACUUACAUUACAAUAGGACAAGUUCCCGAUGACAAAGAAAGUAGAGAAGAAGCUCAAAGGCUUACUGGCAGCUCAAGAUCUCAAUGAUUGUCAAAGUACUUUUGGAUGUCUACUCCAAUACAGAAAGCAGUCUUUCCCCAACCAAGAGGAAAGGUCCUACAAGGGCGAACAGCUCAAACACAUUAGUGUCUUUUGUUGAGUUGUCAAUGAAGAAGAAAAUAGAAUCAAACAGUUUCAAGAGAUCAAAGCACAAGUAGGCCUUGUCUGAACGACCAUUCAUAGGGUUGAAACAUUAACCAAGAAGAAGAUAAUCAAACGAUUCUUCAACUCAAAAGCAUUUCUCAAGCACCAAGAACGGUUUGGCAAUCUCCUGGAUGACUCUAACUCAUUUGAACGGUUCAAUGCAUAUAAGAGAACCAGCUUCCUGACCACGUUCAGCAGCCAAGCUGAUAUGGCUCAGCGUAAGAAAAUGAAGAAACAUAAAGGUACUUAUUAAUGCUAUUUCAGGCAGGAAAAUGACAAGUUCAUCCAAAAUCAGAGACAA